AUGUCUCGAGUCGAAGAAAUUGGCUCAGACGGAAUGCUCGAAGAGCCGGCAUACGCCGUUUUCUACACGAUUCUCAUUUUGAUAAGCGAUGUAUUCAGUAUAUUCUUUAUUUUUACUAUUAUGACACGGUCUACGGCAGAUAUGAAAUUAUAUAAAUUUGUACUUUUAAAGUUGGCGAUAUGCGAUUUAUUAUUCAAUCUUUCGACUGCCAUACUUGUCACUCCAGAUCUUUUGUGUCCUUUACCUGCAGUUGCCGUCCGAAGUCCAAUUGGUGGAAUCAGUGAAACACACGCGUUUCUUACGAUAUCUGUCACAAUUGCAAUUGCAAUCACAGUUUUCACAUCUAUCAAUGACUGCUGUUUCAUUAGAGUUUGUAUAUUUUAUCAAUGGAAUCACUUUCUGAAAAGAAUAUAUUCCUGGAGGGGUGCUCUCUUUCUCGUUCUGGCGAAUGGUACAACUGUUGGCGUCAUAGUUAUUGCACUUUGGCUUGCUAGAAGCACCAAUGAGGAGUUCCUUCAUGUUGUAGCAGCUGAAAAUAUGACACAUGCAUUAGGAGUUUAUGCAUUCGAACCAGAUACAGUAUUCUUUUACGUAGACAUCUGGAAACCACAAGUUCUUCCACUCAUUUCUUCAGUUUUUGCGGGACUUGCAAUAAUUUAUGUCAUGAAUCUAUUCGCAUCUCGAUUAGUUUGGAGAGCAAUCGCAACUCGAAAGAAGAAUAUGUCUUUCAAAAGUUAUCAGAAUCACAAGCAGCUUACGCUAUUAGUUUUGGUUCAAAAUCUUGUUCCCGCUGCUGUCCUUUCUGUUCCAUUGCUUCUUGUAAUAUUCUCAUUUGCGAUGAGUUAUGAAUCAGAUACUUUUGCCGAGCUAAUCAAGCAUUUUGUCACUUUCGUAGUAGCCAUCUACCCCGCAUUGAGUGUUCUUUUAAGUUUCAUCUUUAUUAAACCCUACAAAAAGUUUCUGAUGACCAUACUAUGCACCGUUUCAAUUCGUCGAUUCAAACAAAGUCGGGUAUCUGAUGUCAGAAUUCAUAAAAAGUGCUCAUUUGGAAACGAGGAAUCAUUUGAUAGUGUUGGGUAUAUAUGA